AUGUCACAAGGUGUCAAAGCUGCUGAAAGACUAGCUGGUAAGACUGUAUUCAUUACAGGUGCUUCUGCAGGUAUCGGUCAAGCAACUGCAAAGGAAUAUUUGGAUGCAUCCAAUGGUCAAAUUAAAUUGAUCUUGGCUGCAAGAAGAUUAGAGAAAUUACACGAGUUUAAAGAACAAACUACAAAGAGUUACCCAAGCGCUCAAGUCCACAUUGGUAAAUUGGACGUCACUGCAAUUGACACCAUAAAACCAUUUUUGGAUAAAUUACCAAAGGAAUUUCAAGAUAUCGAUAUUUUGAUCAACAAUGCCGGUAAGGCAUUAGGUACUGAUAAAGUUGGUGAUAUUGCAGAUGAAGACGUGGAAGGUAUGUUCGACACCAAUGUCUUGGGGUUAAUCAAAGUUACUCAAGCUGUUUUACCUAUCUUCAAAAGAAAAAAUUCUGGUGAUGUCGUUAACAUUAGUUCGGUUGCUGGUAGAGAGGCAUACCCAGGUGGUUCCAUUUACUGUGCUACUAAACACGCUGUUAAGGCAUUCACUGAAAGUUUGCGUAAGGAAUUAGUCGAUACAAAAAUCAGAGUCAUGAGUAUUGAUCCUGGUAAUGUAGAGACCGAAUUUUCUAUGGUUAGAUUCCGUGGUGAUACAGAAAAGGCAAAGAAGGUUUACCAAGACACUGUCCCAUUAUAUGCAGAUGACAUUGCAGAUUUAAUCGUCUAUGCAACCUCUAGAAAGCAAAACACUGUCAUUGCUGACACUUUGAUCUUCUCUUCUAACCAGGCAUCACCAUACCACCUCUACAGAGGCUCUCAAGACAAAACCAAUUGA